UGCUUUUGAGAAGGCCUUUUUGCCAGUAUAAAACUGGCACACACCAUCACCAGCUUCAGCACAGCAGCCUUCAGUAGUCUCUUCCCAUCCAUUCUGCCUUGAGGAAAUUGUCUGAACCUUUCCUCCACUUACUAGUCUUUCUUCCUCCCCAUUGCUGCCAUGAGGGCGCCUGUGGCGUUCUUUGCAUGGUGCGCCCUCCUCUUGGCGUGUGGCGGCCUGCUGCAUUGCGCGGAGGCGGCCAAGGCCAGGCACCUCAAGUGGGAGGUGAGCCACAUGUUCUGGUCGCCGGACUGCGAGGAGAAGGUGCUCAUCGGCAUCAACGGCCAGUUCCCCGGCCCCACCAUCCGGGCCAAGGCCGGCGACACCAUCGUCGUCGAGCUCAAGAACGGGCUGCACACCGAGGGGGUGGUCAUCCACUGGCACGGCGUCAGACAGAUUGGAACACCGUGGGCGGAUGGCACGGCGGCGAUCUCCCAAUGCGCCAUCAACCCCGAGGAAACCUUCACUUACCGAUUUGUCGUCGACAAGCCGGGGACAUAUUUCUACCAUGGGCACUACGGCAUGCAGAGGGCGGCAGGGCUGUACGGCUCUCUGAUCGUGGAUGUGGCAGAUGGGGAGGAAGAGCCGUUCAAGUAUGACGGCGAGCUGAACCUGCUCCUCAGCGACUGGUACCACGAGAGCAUCUACAACCAGAUGGUUGGCCUCUCCUCCAGCCCCAUGAGAUGGAUCGGCGAGCCCCAGUCGUUGCUGAUCAACGGCAGGGGGCAGUUCAACUGCUCGCUCGCGGCGGCGCACACGCCGGGCACCAAGCAGUGCACCGCCGGCGGCAACAGGCAUUGCGCGCCGGUGAUCCUCCCCGUCGAGCCCAACAAGACCUACAGGCUCAGGAUCGCCAGCACCACGUCCCUGGCUUCCCUCAACCUCGCGAUCGGGAAUCACAAGCUGACGGUGGUGGAGGCCGACGGCAACUACGUGGAGCCGUUCGUGGUGGACGACAUGGACAUCUACUCCGGCGACAGCUACUCCGUCCUGCUCACCACCGACCAGGACCCGUCGUCCAACUACUGGGUGAGCAUCGGCGUGCGCGGCCGGGCGCCCAAGACGGCGCCGGCGCUGGCCCUGCUCAACUACCGGCCCAACCGCGGGUUCAAGCUGCCGGCCAUCGCGCCGCCGGUGACCCCGGCGUGGAACGACACCGCGCACAGCAAGGCGUUCACGACCCAGAUCAAAGCCCGCGCCGGCACGCCGCCGCCGCCGGCGACGUCGGACCGGCGCAUCGAGCUGCUCAACACGCAGAACAAGCUGGACGGGCACAUCAAGUGGUCCAUCAACAACGUGUCCAUGGUGCUCCCGGCGACGCCCUACCUGGGGUCCCUGAAGCUGGGGCUCAAGACGGCGCUGGCCGCCGCGCGGCCGGCUGACACGUUCGGGCGCGCCUACGACGUGACGCGGCCGCCGCACAACCCAAACACGACGACGGGGGACAACGUGUACGUGCUCCGCCACAACACCACGGUGGACGUGGUGCUCCAGAACGCCAACGCGCUGCAGCACAACGUGAGCGAGGUGCACCCGUGGCACCUGCACGGGCACGACUUCUGGGUGCUGGGGUACGGCGAGGGGGCGUACAGGGGCGACGCCGCCGACGCGGCGAGGCUGAACCUGGUGAACCCGCCGCUGCGGAACACGGCGGUGAUCUUCCCGUACGGGUGGACGGCGCUGCGGUUCGUGGCGGACAACCCCGGGGUGUGGGCGUUCCACUGCCACAUCGAGCCGCACCUCCACAUGGGCAUGGGGGUCAUCUUCGCCGAGGCCAUCGAACGCGUCGGGAAGGUGCCCAAGGAGGCCGUCUCCUGCGGCGCCACGGCCACCGCGCUCAUGAACGGCGAUCACCCCUGAUCGUGAAUCAGCCGUUGAGCCCUUUAUGAGAGCCUGGCUUGGGCCUCUCUAUCUUGUGCAAGAAGCGUUUGGUUACUCAUGAUUAGCUAGGGUUCUUCCAUUUUUCCCUUCUCUAAAGGGCUCCAUUUUCCCUUUUUUGAUGUAUCAUUAGGGAGUGAGAUUGUAUUUGUUAAGUGCUUAUGAUUUGUUGGAAUCAUGGAUUGGAACGCAAACAACGGUUUGCUCGGCAUUAAUGUGCACUUCAAGGUUCAAUCUUA